AUGGCAUCUUCCGUUCUGUACAGAGCUCUCUUUGCCCAUCGCUUCCUUCAAUCUUCUUCUACUCACUUUCACAAACCUAAAAUCUUCACAUCCAUCUUCUCCAAGAGAUCAUUUCACUUGUUUUUGGCUCCGUCCCAUUUGUCACAUAAGGCUUCAGGGUCUGUUUAUUGUAGCAUGACUUCAUCAGCAGUCGCAUCACAAGCUUCAUUCUCCAUGCAGUCCCUGCCCGCCAAUGAACCUGUUGUUUCAGUGGAUUGGCUCCAUGCCAACCUUCGAGAACCUAAUCUGAAGGUGUUGGAUGCAUCCUGGUACAUGCCAGAUGAGCAAAGAAACCCAGUUCAAGAAUAUCAGGUGGCACAUAUUCCCGGUGCUCUUUUCUUCGACGUUGAUGGCAUAUCGGAUCGAAUUAGCAAUUUGCCACAUAUGUUGCCAUCGGAAGAAGCAUUCGCUGCUGCAGUUUCUGCCCUUGGCAUUGAGAAUAAGGAUGGGCUCGUUGUGUAUGAUGGAAAGGGAAUUUUCAGCGCAGCUCGUGUUUGGUGGUGA